AUGUCCGGCGCAUCCUCCCACCUCAAACCCCUCGUCUCCCACAUCUACACCGCCGACCCCUCCGCCCACGUCUUCAACAACCGCGUCUACAUCUACCCCUCCCACGACCGCGAAACAGACAUCGAAGACAAUGACAACGGCGACCAAUACGACAUGGCCGACUACCACGUCCUCUCAAUGGACCGUAUCGGCGGCGAAGUCACCGACCACGGUGUAGUCCUAAAACAAGAAGACAUCCCCUGGGUUUCCAAACAACUCUGGGCCCCCGAUGCAGCCUACAAUAACGGAAAAUACUAUCUAUACUUCCCAGCUCGUGAUAAGGAAGGAGUGUUCAGAAUCGGUGUUGCUAUUGGAGAUAAACCCGAGGGUCCGUUUGUACCGGAUCCGGAACCGAUUGCUGAGAGUUACAGUAUCGAUCCCGCUUGUCUUGUUGAUGAUGACGGGCAGGCUUAUCUAUACUUCGGUGGUCUGUGGGGUGGACAAUUACAAUGUUGGCAGACCGGGGAGUAUAAAGCCGAGGCGUACACUGAUAUGGAACCAAAAGGAACAGUUCCAGCCAUCAGACCACGAGUAGCAAAACUCAGUGACGACAUGAGGAGUUUCGUAGGAGGGAUUCAAGAAGCCGGGAUUGUUGAUGAAAAAGGGGAAUUAAUCAUUGCAGAUGAUCAUGAUAGAAGGUUCUUUGAGGCCGCUUGGGUACAUAAAUAUAACGGCAAAUAUUACUUUUCGUAUUCGACGGGAGAUACGCAUUACCUUUGUUAUGCUAUUGGAGAUAGUCCUUUAGGACCGUUUACUUAUGCUGGAAGAAUUUUGGAACCGGUGGAAGGGUGGACGACGCAUCAUUCCAUUGCUGAGGUGCAUGGGAAGUGGUAUUUGUUCCAUCACGAUACUAGUUUGUCGGGGAAGAAUCAUUUGAGGUGUGUGAAGGUUAGGGAGUUGGUGUAUGAUGCUGAGGGCAAGCUUCAUUUGGCCGAUUAG